GUGCUUGAAGCAAUCUAUUGUUUUAUCAUUCUCUCGAGCAAACGUAUACGUAUUGGCCGAUCGUCCUCAGUCAGCAUUUUUGUUGACACUCGCUCUCAGCGGCGCGGCAAAAUCCGGUCCACCUUCAAUCUUCUCAACCUCAGUCGACUGGCGAUGAGUAUUGAACUUAUCGAACAAGCCUUGCUAACCGGAAAAUGGACAGAUAACAUAGAAACCUCUUCACCCGUGGUAGAGAUCGCAAAAAAUGUGGUUGAGGGUGCAUUCCGCACGGCCCUAAUCUCAUCACAGGCUCGCGCCCUAUUUUCGAUCCCAAAUGAUGCAAAGAUCGUGGAUCGAAAAUUGAACGAAUGGUUCAAUUUUUCCGUCUCAGGCAACGAUGUAAAAGAGCAGGAACUACUGCAAUUGACCUUAGCUGUAGCAUGCCUACAUGCUUUCAUUCAAGUUAAUUGGACAGGCCCGAACUUGGAUGUAACUCCUCUCGAUGUCCUCGACAUACCUUCGGAAAUAUCGUCACACAUAACAGACGACCUUCUUCGACAAAAAUCCAUCGAAGAACUUGCGUACGGUGGGGAGCCGGCCUACCAUCUAGCUGCCGUCCCUCUAUUUCUACGUCUCGCGAUCCUUCUGAUUGAUUUGCCUUUCGUGCAUUGUCAAUCAGCUCCUUGGUGGAAGCUGCGAAUCACACGGAUUCAUGAAGAAAUCCUGGAUGAACCAUUCGGCGUUCCUUCAGCUAUUCUUUCGGACUGUGAACCCUUGACUAGUGCCAUUGACCCCGAUCAAUUGGGACGUCUAGUCUUAGAGGAAGGUCUACUGGAACACGAUCUUGGACAUGACAGGGCUGCGACAGAGUUCUUUGUUCGCGCUGCCAGGAAAACCAAACUGGAGUAUGAACUUACAGGUGCCCUCGGAAAGCGUACAAAAUUUCAGCAAACCGACGUUACUCAGCUUGUACUUCUUGCCCAAUCACGCCAGCGAGAUGACGACUCAGGAAAAGAAGACAAACAAUCGGAAGAGAACCUGCAGGCUGCUUCAGACACAUCGAAAAGCCUCAAUUUUCCGGAAACCCUCGUCCUGAAUGAUGAUACCCUGCUAGAACAUACACAGUUCACGUCUUCAACUUCCAUUGGUACAAAUGCUCGAUUACGUGAACUUGACCCUUCCGCACAGCCUGCUCUUCAUCCACUGGACCAAUGUAUUCUCCUUGCGUUGUGCUUGAACAUAAAGAAUACCUCUCCCGCUCAUGGUCUCACUGCGGAACAGAUGUCCGCCUAUGUUUCACGCGUUAUCUCGCACCCAAGAAAUUGGUCUAUCCACACCAUGGCUCUUCUGCUCCGAUCCCGCCUCGAAGCCAACCGCACCCGUACAGUUGAACGAUCAACCCUGCAAUUGCAAGCACUUGUCGAUCAGAUGCCUACAGCGGAUUCUUCGGUAUCGGAACGUUUGCUGUACAUCCAUGAUUUACUGCUUCCCAGUAAAUGGGAGAUGGAGAAGGAACUGGCGAAGCGUUUUUUAUCUCUCGGAGUUGUGAAGUCGGCUCUGGAAAUAUUCGAACGUUUGGAGAUGUGGGAGGAAGCCGUGUUGUGCUGGCAGAGCAUGGAAAGAAAAGACAAGGCUAUUGCAUUGGUUCGGGAUCUCCUGGAAGGACGGAAGGCUGAAGCAGAUGCAGUGAUCUCUAGAAGCAAAGCGACCGCAUCAACCCGUCGACAGACCUUAGAUGCUGCUCGGGAAGCAAAGUUGUGGUGCUUGUUAGGUGAUGUCGAACCCGAGCAUGCUUUGGAUCAUUACAACCACGCUUGGACGGUUUCAAAAGAGACUUCCGGUAGGGCGAUGAGGUCAUUGGGUGGUUAUUACUUCGCAAGGGGAAAUUACGCAGAGGCCAUCCCAUGUCUACGUCGUGGGGUUUCCAUCAAUCCAUUGCUGGGGCGGUCAUGGUUCGUCCUUGGAUGUGCUUAUGUCCGCGAGGAAGAAUGGGACGGUGCUCGAGAGGCAUUCAGUCGUUGCGUGGCGAUCGAUGACGAAGAUGGUGAAAGUUGGAACAAUCUGGCGAGCGUGUAUCUUCGCAUGGGCGAAACAAAGACCGAUGGUAAAGAUCAAAUACCAAAAGAGUCUGAGACGGGCGACUCCACUGCAGAUGAAACGAGCCAAGGUAUACCAUUCGCCAACAAAAUGCUCGCAUUCCACGCCCUUAAGCAAGGCCUCAAGUUCAGCUACGAUAACUGGCGCAUGUGGUCAAAUUACAUGAUCGUGGCUAUGGAUGUCGGAGAGCUGGCCGAAGCUUGUCGUGCGCUAGGUCGUGUGGUUGAGGAGCGUAGUAUCAAAGAUGGAGCCGCUUGCGUAGACGAUGAUGUCCUAGAUCGGUUGGUCGACGCCGUUACUCGAGCGCCAGCGAACCCCAGCGACGCAUCAGAAAGUGGAAAUGCCCAGAAUGCCGUAACGAACCCCAAUGAAGGACAUGGUUUGUUGCGUCGCGUGUCUGACCUCUUCGACCGAAUCAUUCUACCGCGGGUUUCCUCGCCCAGGAUUUUCCGAGCGCGAGCACGAUUACUCACUUGGCAGGGUCGAUGGGAAGAUGCCAUAAAUGCAUACUUAGAGGCCUACAGGAAUGGUGCCGCAGGAAGUAUAGAGAAGGGGGAGACUGAUGUGGAGAAAUGGAAGGAGGGUGUUCGGGAAGUGGAAGAGAUUGUUGACGUCUUGAGGAAUUUCGGUCCACGCGUAGAAGGAUUCAAGUGGCGGUUGCAGGCCCGAAGUAUUAUCCGGACCUUCAUGGGAAGGACGAAGGACUUUGAGGAUGAACCGGAGUGGCCGAGAUUGGUGGAUUUAUUGGAGGAGAUUCGCAAGGAGGAUUGAGGUCUCUAAGGUCGAAGACGUGAUUUGCCGCUUAUUAGUGAAACGAGGUCAGCAUGCCUCCAACAGGACAUGACAAGUUAACUGAUGACGAUGCGAUAGGAAUGGAAUGUCAGAAGCAUCUAUGAGAACGGUGAUAGGCUUCCAUUGAUUAGACCUGCCAUGUGUGUGGGCAUUGGGAGAGAAGAUGUGCUACUCAAACAGGCGGCAGAGAGUAAAUAUCGAAACACAAUCUGUAUAUCCUGAAGAAUCAAGGUACAAUCAAGUAUCUGAUUGAAAGGUGAGGUUGGGGUGUGUUGCAGGGUGAACGAGUCGGUAUAAUGAAGUCACCAACAGAAAGCAUGUGCCAUGCGAUUCAGCGCGAGGGUCGUUAGAAUCUCGGUGACAAUAGCCAAUCCAGAGUGUUUGAUGGUAAGCUUUGCAUGGAACUCGUCUUCUAGCUGCGACGCUUCCCAAAUAGCUUGCACGGCUCCCUUAUUAUCUACGCACUACCAACUCAUGUCAGCUGGUUGGCGCUAUACAAUUUACCCAUAACGUACUUCUAGCUUCGUAGGGGUUAUUCUCCACUUGUAUUCGGCGCCGCUCCGAGCCGUAAAGUAGCGCGAACUGAAAGGCAAAUAAAGACCUCUUCGUGAACGAAGCGAAAGCGAAGGCUCACGUGCUACCUUCCUUCUUCUGUCGGCGAGAGUGUGUCAUAGGCUGUGUCGGACUGUUUCCGUACACAAUGUACCCAGGCGUGCGAGAGGGUCCAAAGUAGAAGAAUGAGGAGCUUGGCCCCAUAAUAUCUGGAUGUUGCUGUGCCCAGGGAGCCUCUCGAGUGAGCUUGAGUAUGAGGUUGGGGCUCUCAUCGACCUACACCGAAUUCAGUCCCAUGAAAAAAAUCCUCACGUCACACUUUCAAGUAUUCAUACCAUCUUCCUGCUCAAUAGCCGUGAGACAUGGCGAUUUCGCUGUGCUAGUAAUGCUAGAAUCGACUCACACUGUGAAGGCGAGUCUGCCUUCCAAGUCCUCGAAGCGCACGUUGUAAAAAUCCGCCCCGAAUUGAAGGAGGACGUACGGCCCAGACAUGGCCGCCACUCAAGUGAGGGUUUGGAGAUGGUGGGUUUAGUGAACGG